GUCCAGCGCUGGGUGAUCUGAUCUCUGGUAGAUCUUACCUCAAGUGCAAUGGAAGACGAUUUUGUCGCCCUAACUGCUCCCUUUCCUUUGAUCACCUUCGCGUUUGGCAGAAUUUCCGCCUGCAGCGGUGCUCUACUCAAGAUAGCCAUAUUGUUAGUCCUGCUCAGACCGUUCAGGCGCUACCACCAAACUCUUCGAUGCCAUUUGGAAGAGGAAAACACUGUCCUUAUUGCUCAUGAAAGUGGUGAACUGCUUUCCCUAGCAGCGUCUGAACGUUAUGCCGUUGUCCAAGUCAAAUCUAUCCUCCAGCCUAUUACUAAAGCCCCCCAUCUGAACCAGCCUUUCCUCUAUGUCGAUUUCUUCAACUUCUCGCAUUCAUUAGCCAACACCUUUGAUGGUGUUCGUAUUGUCACUCCUGCGCCUGUGACUGAUAUGUUCUUAGUUCACCGUCAUGUUCGAUCAAACAACACUGCUUUGGGGGACAUAGUACCUCUGGAAAGUGUGCAUCAGGUUAUCCAGCUAAUUCCCAAGUUCGGUCAACAGGUAUCAGCGAGCAUGAACUGCGACAAUAGUUUGCAGCUGGCGCGGGAGUUUUAUGUGAACAACUUCGCAGAUAAAGAGACCUUUCAUGCUAUUCUCAGUUACCAGUAG